AUCUAUAUACUAUAUACUAUAUAUAAGCAUUUCCUUAGGAUAGAAAUGUAAUUUCCUUUCAAUUUUUAAGAUGGCAUGUGAAUGGUCCGUUCAAAUCCUAAAUUAUUUGCCCUUUUCUUCCAUUCUUGCCCUUGUUCUACCCUACAUCAGCGAACAUAAGUAUUGAAAUUGAGACUCGCAUCACUGAAACGUUGCAUGAUUGAGACUCUAUCAUCAGUUACAAAUACUGAGUUUAAUUCUUUAAUUUUUAUCAUGGAGUGUGUAAUCAAUUUCUCGCAUUGAAUGCAAUUGAAGACGUGGGUUGAAUCCCAUUUAACCCUUUCAUCCAUAGAAUUCUAGAACCCUUCAUAUGUAUCACUUCUGUAUCAGUGACUUGAACUAUCCAUUAUCAAGCACAAAUCAUCCAGUCUUUGAGAUGCGUAUUACUAGGGUUUAGAAUGUUCACCUGGCCGGAAAAUUAUGCCACUGUUUCGCUGGCCACUGGUGCUGUUGCUUCCCUCCCGGUCUCACCAGGUCAAAGAGAUAUGGGUGGUAGACGAUGCUACGUCAACGUUAUUCGCCACAAAACCUUGAGACGAUACAGGGAAACCCUAAUUUGAUAGUUUCGCAACACAUAUGGUGUGGUUCAGGUUCCUGUAGUGUAGCGGCUGUUAUAUGUGAUAUUAUAAUUGGUCAUUUCUCCUCUUUGACAAGGAAGGAAAGUAUGAUCAUACUUGUGUAGUCCCUCUCCAACACGAUUCAUCAACCAGUGGUUCAAGACAGCAGAUCCGACCCUGCAGACAGCCAUGCGUGCUCCUUUAAGCAAGUGCGAACCUGCCCACUUCUUCAACUUCAUCAAAGAAGGUUCCCUGUUCCAACAGUUAGUUGACAAUGGGGUUGAAACCAUUGCAAAUAGCUAUCAUGAUCUUGAAGAUCUUGACCUUAGCAAGAGCUUUAAGCUUAGUGAUCGGUCGUUAUAUGCUUUGGCACAUGGUUGUCAAAAGCUUAUUAAGCUCAAUAUCAGCGGAUGCUCUUCGUUUAGCGAUAACGCUCUUGCAUAUCUAAGUAGUUACUGCAGACAAUUGAAAGUUUUAAAUCUUUGUGGAUGCGUAAAAGCUGCACCUGAUCAGGCAUUGAAGGCAAUCAGAUACAACUGUAGUCAACUUCAUUCAUUGAACCUAGGAUGGUGUGAGGAAGUUGGUGACGCUGGGGAAACGAGUUUAGCGUAUGGCUGUCACGAUCUGCAUGCACUCGACUUAUGUGGUUGCAUUCUUAUAGCAGAUGAGAGUGUCAUAGCCCUAGCAAACAAUUGCCUGCAUCUAACAUCUUUAGAUCUCUACUACUGUCGAAACAUCACCGACCGAGCGAUGUACGCGUUGGCACAUAUUCGAGUGAAAAACAGGAACCAAAUGUGGGAUGGGGUUAAAACCGGGGAUGAGGAUGAAGACGGGCUCAUGAGUCUCAACAUCAGUCAAUGCACUGCUUUAACACCGCCGGCGGUUCAGGCUCUUUGUGAUUCAUUUCCAGCGCUUCAUACAUGCCCGGGUAGGCAUUCACUUAUCAUAAGUGGUUGUUUGAAUCCAACUUCAAUUCCUUGUGCAUGCGCUUUCCAAGCGCAUCAUGAGGUUAACACACUUACUCAUCAUGCUUAUUGAAAAUCAGGGGCGGUCAAGUGGUUAAAUCGGUUUAGUUCUUCAUGUUUUGAGUUUAGGUAUUAGAACCAGUACCAAACAUGUAAUUGGACCCAUGUAAUUAGGAGAAUGUGUAAUUUUAUCUUUCAUUAUUGUUUUUUAUGCCCUCACAAAUUUAGUUUUUUUUUUUUUAAUUCUUUGAGACCAAUCUGAAUGUUGGUGUGUAGAUUGCGAGUAGAAGGCUCAACCAGGAAACAUAUGUCUAGCUUCAUUUGAUUGGAGUUAACAAAUAAUUGUUUUAUUAA